CUUCACAGCUUAAACAAUCAUGCAAAUCUCUGAGUCAGGAAUCAGGAAAUAAGGGUGAAAUUCAGCCAUUGGGCAAGUGCCGGUCGGCCGGCUACUGCUACUGUAGCACUGAAAUGUGCAAAUGAUUCCGUCCCGGGCAGUAGCUAAAUGGGGAGAGAAAGCCUUUCUGGAGUUUUGGGAAAAGGCAAUACAUGCUAAAGAUAUUGGUUGCGGCUGGGCAGCGCUCUGCCUGGGGAUGUGAUGGCAGAAUGCCUAUAGGCUGGCAUAGGCUCAAUACCCAGGACUACAGGUGAUACUUUCAUUUUAAUGGGUAUCACGUUGACCAGGGAACAUUCUCAUUGACUUACACCACAGGAGCUACAUGGGAUCUUUGCCUUUAUCUGUAUCAGCAAUGCUGCACCGUACGUUGCACAGGAAUAGCGAAUUCUCUCAACUCACACUGUCUGUCUGAAACGUGGAAUAGGAUGGACAGGCCCUCCGGCAUGAAGCUUCUACUACUUGGGUUUCUGUUAUUUCAAAUGAGUAAAGGUCUGAUGGCUGAGGAUAAAGAAGAGCAAUUCCUGCCCUCGGAUGAACAGUUCCACAUCCAUCAGAUACUCAGAACAGGAUAUAAUGAGCAAGAAUAUCUAAGAAGACAAAAGCGAGACACGGCUGAUACGUACGUUGCUGUCCUAGAAAUCAGUUUCGCCGAUGCUUCACUUGGAGGCACCUUACAGAAUGUUCUGACUGGCUCCACUGAGCUCAAAGACGCUCUUUCUUCAAUAGUAACUCUCACAGGAUUCCAAGUUUCUCAGAAUGUGUCAAGCAUCACAGUGAGCCCAGAAAACCCAUUCGUAGGAGACAUGGUGACCAUACAGUGUCAGUUCAGUGAUCUUACAGAUGUUUCAUGGCUUCAUAACUCCCAAGCAAUUCGGAAUACGGAUAAAUAUAAUACCUCUAAUACGUCUGCGCUGUACACCCUGAAAAUAAAGAAUGUCAACAUGGAGGAUGCAGGUUCUUACACUUGUACCGGCCCAGGCAGCCCAACCGCCUCUCUGCAAAUCAGAUCCCUAUCAAUUUCCCCAACCAGCAAUAUUCCUCUUGUCUGUAACGGAAAAGGGGUCAAUUUAACUUGCUGCAGCCCCGACAUUAGUCUUUUUAAUAUUACCUGGACUGCAGCAGCAGGGUCGUUACUGAUUACAGGUAAGUAUAACCAUUGUAUUGAAUUCAGAGCCCAAAGUAAGUGGAGGUUAUUCUACAUGUGAGCAAUUUGUAAUAACAUAUCUGUAAUUUGUCAUUGAAAUAUCAUAAGGAAGCCCUACAUUGUGUGUGCAAUAUAUUUUUCCCGCUUGACUUGGUUGAAACAUUCUUCAUUGGCAGCUAUAAGACAGCACCCCUUGUGGGCAUAACUGAAUUCUCUGUUCCCGUUUAGGGUUGCCACAUUUUUUUUUUUGCUUUCAAUGCUGGCCUUUAGGUUGGGGGGGGGCAGGCAAUGAUGUCACU